AUUUUAGAUCUUUAACCUCUGGGAAUGUGCCCAUGUCUCUAUGUCAGUUUUCCGGAGUUUACAGUCCUGGCCUGGAAGAGUUUGCUGUGAUAAAAGUUUCCAAGCAUCAUGUUCUGCUGCUUGUCCAAUUGCUCAUUCCAAAGCUGACCUGAGACCCGGAUGUCAUCCUGAGAAAGAUGAGGAAGUGUUCAACUGUGUUAAUCGAAUGACAUCAUCACAACAGUGUUGUUCUGCUGACAAAGCCCCUAUACCCAGCUGCCAAGCUCUCUGCCAGAAUCUCUACUUCACCAAUACCCUGAACAACCAUGACCAAUUGCAAGCCCUUGUGCAACAUUGUUCUAUAAAAAGUCAAGCCAUGGUGCUGUGUGUUCUGGCACAGGCCAAACCUGCUCAUCUGCGCAAUAUCAAUCAAUAUUUGCCAUGUUGUGAAAAAGGGGAAAGUCAGGAAUGCAUCAACACAUGUUUGAGUGCUGUCAUGUUGUUAAACACAGACAAUGAGAAGAUUGAUGUGGUUAUCAAGAAGUGUGGAGAACCCUCCCCAAUGGUUCCAAUUUGGAAGUGUUUCCUUCAGUUGGGUCUUACCAAAAAUAAGACAAGUCUUAGUAUAAUUGACGGUGCCAAGCUUCAAUGUUGCCGUAAAGCAUUAAGUAGUAAAUGCCGGGAUCUGUGUAAAAAGACAUUCAGCAGCCUGUGGGGUGACAGUUCCAAAGCAUUCCAUGCUAAUUGUCUCACUCCAAUGCAGUCUCUGUUGGACCCCAUGGAGACACCUUUACAAAUGUGCAUCAAACAAGUGGAUGAACCGUGCACCCUGGGCUGUGAUGGCCUCAACUUCUGCACCAAUUUCAACAACCGACCUGUCGAAAUGUUCCGCAGUUGCAACUCAAAGGCAGACAAUGCUGCAAAGCGGGAACUGCACCAUUGGCAGAGAGGGGUCAUUAACCUACCACAGAUGCGAAUACCGGUCAAAGAUAUCAAGACUUGUGAAUAUGGAAUGUGGAAGACCAUUGCCUGUGCCUUGCAAGUGAAACCAUGCCAUGGCCAGCCGACACCCCUCUCCAUCUGCCGAGAAGAUUGUGAAUACAUCUUAAGGAAAUGCAUAAACUACAAGCAGCUACCACGUGCAAAAAACGUCUCCAUUUUAUGUAACCCACUGCCGUCACGCAUGGAUAGUCACCAGUCAUGCAUAUCAAUCAGGAAAUAUUCCAGAUCGAGUCCACAUCGGACAACCUCACAGGAACUUACAAAACCAUGCUACCCAAAUCCGUGCAACAAAAGUGAUAUAUGCCUGAUAAACCGACGGAAGUGCAAACAUCCGGAAAAUUGUAAACCAUACAUUUGCAAACCAGCAUGUUCCGUUGGAGAAGUUUCACUGCUGAAAGUUCCUCGUGGUUCCUACGUUCGUCUUCCAAGCAAGAAUAUGUCCUGUUCCAAAGUAUGUCACUGCAACCACAAGAACAAAAUUGACCACUGCCAACCAUUGCCUUGUAUUACCAACAACAACAAUAACCUAAAAAUGCAAAAUAUUGCCUACAUGUCCCAUUGUAAUUUCUGUACGUGUUACUCCAGCAAGACAAUCUGUACGAAGCGUCAGUGCGUGAAACCCAAAGACAAGCUACACAGAACAUACACAGGUUUACCAUGUAACUGUCAGUCUCAUUACUUCCCAGUCUGUGGAAUAAAUGGUAGAACCUACCCAAACAGAUGUUUGGCAUUAUGUGCAGGACUCAAAGAGAUCCAAUUUAGGUUUGGUAACUGUACUGCAAUCAAUCCCUGCAAGAACGCAAACUGUGGUUCAGAUGAGACGUGUGUCCCACAUCACCAGGUGUGUCUCAGUUUCCAAGAAAGAUCGUGUCCUCAAUAUGUCUGCUUAUCGAAGAAACCAGGUUGCAGUCACAACCAUGAACAUGUCUGUGAUACUCUCGAUGAAGAAUUCUCCAAUAUCUGUUUAAUGAAUGGUCAUAACAAGAGUUUAGCCUACUGGGGACACUGCCAAGAAAACUGUGAAAACGAUGGAGUCGUAUGUGGCCACAAUGGUGAGACUUACACCAGUGACUGUGAAGCUUUUGCCCAUAAGACAACUGUUGACUAUAAAGGAUCCUGUCGAAAUGUGGGGCAGCUUUCUUUGCAAGAUCAACAGAACUCCCACUGCUUCAAGAUGACCUGUCCUCCGAUCCAUCCAAGGUCCUGUAAACCAAUUACCCCUCCCGCCGGUUGCUGUCCAAUAUGUGCUGCUGAACUACGUGUUCUUUAUAGUACCUCUUUGGCAGAUGAUGCCCUUAAAGUGGCUGACAUCAGACCCAUCUCAACCUUAAACAUUGCUGAGAAACUCUCAGACCUGAUGACUGUGCCACAGUGUGAUGUUUUCGCCUACCUGAGUUUAGAAGGAGACAUGGUUAUCUUAAUUGCACCUGUCACCAAACACCCGACAGAGCUACAAGUGGCGGCGUGCAACCAAGAAGCUCGGAGGUUCCAUCACCUGAUCGAGACCAGCAGUCCAACUCUAAUGUCACACCUAACCCUUAUGCCUUUACUCAAUGCCUUGUUGCGGACUCCUGUCGUAAUGCCAGUAGGGGCUGCCAACAGCCCCUUCUUGCCAUCGCUCACAAUCGUGUGCUCAGUAUUUGCUUUUAUGAUGACUGUCGGUUACUCUUGACUUCUGCAGUAUGAACUCCACUACACAGAGUGAGGUGAACCAGUAAAAAUAACAACAGCAACAUCUAUAACAGAACCAAUACAGGAAUACAAUCGACAAGAAACGACAGAAAAAUCACGAACGAAGAAGCGACAAGACGACCGUCGAAAUAGUAACUUCAAGGGAGUUAACCUCGGAAGAUUAACUUCUAAAGUUCAAGGGGAGUUAACUUCAUCAAGAGUGGCUUCAAGGGAGUUAACUUUAGUAGCUACAGCAGAGUAAUAACGAUGAAAGACUUAAAAUUAAUGA